AUGAUCGAUGAGCUCGAGAGAAGAGAGCAUGAAUUGUCCAACAGGCUUCAAGAACUUGAGUCAAUCGCAGUCACUGACCCAAGCACGGUGGAUACCUCGAGUCCAGAUGACAGGCAUACCGUGAGGUCGAUAGCAGCAUCUUCUCCCGCUACACGCGAGGGCGCAAGCCUGAGCUUCAUCGCGCAUUUGUUCUCUGACGCAAACUGGAGAAAGUCACAUGCGACUUUACUCAGAACAUUGGCUGAUGCACCAGGUACUGAUGAAGUCUCGAUAUCGCCGUGCUCUCUGCCAUCUGCAGUAGAGACACAAAUGCUGUUCGAAAAAUACUUGAGUUGGGCACACAUACAAAAUCCAUUUCUCCUCCGUAGAAGUAUCUGGGCACUGCAUCAACGUCUCUUCAAUGGUCAGGGCACCUCCGCCAAAGCCUCAAGCCAUGACCUAUUCAGAGCCUUCAUGAUAUGUGCCAUUGGGGCAGUUUUACCAUAUCGGAACAAGCUUCAUCAUCGACACCCAGAAGCAUACUACAACGCAGCUCUACAGCAUCUCGGUGGCGACUUUUUGACCCGGGGUCUGGACUCUGUUCAAGAUCUUCUGCUGAUAUGUAGACUCGGCAUCUACCAUCCAAUUGGCACUUCCAUCUGGGACGUCGUUCGGCUCUGUGGACGUCUCUGCAUCGAACUCGGCCUCCAUAACGGCACAGAUGUUCAUGGUGAUCUACUACAAACACAGUUGAGACGGAGAGUAUUCUGGCAGUUCUAUCUCAUCGAUCGCUAUAGUUCAACGACUUUGGACCGACCAUUCUUGAUUGACGACGAGGACAUUGAAACAAAGUUCCCAGUUGAAGUCAGCGACGAGGAACUCGAAGCAGCCAGUCAGAAUGUGCAAAGCCUCGACUCGUUCAGUUACACUCGGGAACCCAAUGUUCAAAACGAAAUGACCGUCUUCUUUAUCUCUGUGCGGCUGAGGCAGAUAUCGUCUCAUAUACAGACUGAAUUCUCCAAGCUGAGGCGCAAGAUCUCUAAUACCAGGUCAAAGCACUUGCUCGCCGGUCACAUUCACGUUGUCAUGACAAAGCUGUUCAAGGAGUUGAAAGAUUGGAGAAACAGCAACCCUAUCAUACAGGAACCGAGCUGUCUGUACGAAACACAAGAGUGGUAUGACUUGCUCAUUGCCCGUGAGAGACUAUCUGUCCUCCGUCGUGCAAUCGAUCUUGUCCCAAAGGUCAAUGGAUCUCCACCGAAAGAAAUCCUGACAGUCUUUCUCAGAUCAGCGCUGGAGACCAUUGAGAGAUAUCACAUCAUAUGCCAGAAGCGAGAGAUGAUGACGCAUACACGAAGCUACUUUCACAUGCUCUUCACAGCUGCGUUGUCGGUCAUGUACUGCAUUUCCGUAUCCAAGAAGCUUACUCUGGAAGACAUGCGUGCAUCUCAUAAGGGAUUACUCCGAUGUCAAGAGCUGUUGAAUAGCGUUGCCCGACAGCUCCCGGACGCAAAGAGCUACGUGUCUGUCUUUGAAGCUCUACACAGAGACGUAUCACAACGGCUGUGGCCGAACGUGCGAGAUAUGCCCGUCAGCCUCCCAGUUGAUCCAGCCAUGGGCUUCUCCAAUGAUAUGAGCACCUUCAACGGGCGAAGUUUCUCUCCAGACCUGGGUCCAAAUACUCUACCCAACUCCUUGGGAAAUAUGCCAGACUUCUCAGCGAAUCGCCAGUUCUUCGACCAGGGUUUGCAGUCGCGAUCGGGCCUAAUGGACCCGGUGAGCCAGUUUGCUGUUCCAGGACAAGAUGGGAACGAUAUAUCUGAGGAGUAUCAAGAUGGAUCGUCGGUAAAUUGGGCGCUGUUGAACUAUGAUUCGUUGUGGAAUAUGGAGUCUGCAUUGGGCCAGUAUGUUUAUGGCGAUCCUACGAAUCCCAGUGUAUGGGACGGCUUUGAGUUUUAA